AUAUUUUGAUUGUUUUUUGCAUUAUUGCAGUGAUUAAAUUACAUAAUUGCUUAGCUUGCAUCAAAUAUGGAAAAUCCUGUUGAAUCUGGAGAUUUUUUGCCACCAAUUAUGCAGGGAUCAAGCAGUGGGGGAACUUUGAAGGGGAGUUUGAAAGGAUGGAGAGAAGUAAUUGUUGUUCUUGCUAAACUUCUGAAGUGGCAACAAGCAUACUACGCAGCUAUUGUUUUUGCGAUUGUCUCAUUAUUUUUUUCGUUAAUUUGGUGGUUAGACCCAUCUGUGGUUACUGGAUUCUCAAUGUUGAUCAUGAUUGCAUGUAUCGCUGACUAUGUUGUGCCACUCGCAAUGCCUAUGAUUUUUCCAGAAACAAGCUGGAGUAGCGAUAAAGAGAAACAAUACGUACAAGCCUGUGAUGGACUGGUACAGUCAAAGAAGAUUAUUUCCAGUUUGUUCUCCAAUGCCGGAAAACUGAAGGAUAAGAAUCCAUGGUUGUACAUGGCUGCGAUCACCGUAUCACUCAGUACAUUAGCAUGGCUUGGAAAUCAAAUGCAUAACCUGCUGCUUGCCUAUUUCUUCGUUUUGAUUGUAUCUGCUUUGCCUGGCCUUAGUGAGCAUGGAAUUCUGGACAAGAUUGCAACACAUGUGAAAAAAGUUAUCAACAAGCAAAAGUCUCAGUAAUCAUAAUCUGUUUGUUCAUUUGACUAUUUAAUGUCCCGUGUAAUCGUAUUCAUAAUUUUAGGAAUACAAGCAUUUUCUUGUAAUGUCCAGUUAUUAUUUUCGGAACCUGAAAUCGAAAAGCAAUCUUUAAGCAUACAGCAUUUGUGGACUUGUUGAUAGUCAGCUUAUAAUUGUCAUGUCAAUCUAUUUUGUCAAAUUAUACUUCAUUGGCAUAAAGCCGUUUAAUAGGUAGUAUUAAUUAUAUGUAGUGCUGUAUUACGCUUUGAAGUUUGAAAUUUUCUUGCACAUAUCAGAUGAAAUAGCUGCGAAUUUUCUAGACAUGAGUGGAAUAUGGAGUGUGAUGUUUAAUCUGGUCCUGUUAUUUUUUGAAAUAGAAGGGUCUGCUAAGCAACUUGCUAUUACAUUCCUCACGAGAUUAUUUUAAUUCUUUUUUUGCUGCAUGGUUUCUUCAUAUGAUCCAUAAAGCAUCCAGUCUACUCACAUUAUGAUGUAGAAACUGUUUGUAGGAUUUUGUAUACAUUAUUGUGAUAUUUUGUUUCUCAUGAUUUUUUGUUAUAUAGGGUAUUAUUAGAUGUAUGUGUGCAUGUGUGAUUUCGUUGUUUUUCGACUGUACUGCCAACAUAUUUUAAGUUGUGAAUAAACACAUUGUGGUCACCAGCUA